CAUUUCAUUCAUUGCGGGACUUAGUUGUUUUGUGAAAUUACAACAAUUUUAUAAUUUCGAUGUUUAACAUAUUUAACUCAUUUCACAGUCCAGAAUUAUACUCCAAUAUGUUGUGUGUUGUUGAGCUUUAGUGCCGGUGAUAAACUAAUAACCUACCUUAAUUUUUGAUUAUAUCGUGAAGCAAAAACAUCCAAAAUGAGGCUGGCAGGGACCAUUUUCUCAAAUGUGACGAAAAUGCUGGACUUUUAUGCACAGUUUAAUCCAUCGCCUUUGUCUAUAAAGCAGUUUAUAGAUUUUGGUUUAAACGCGUGCGAAAAGAAGUCAUACAUAUUCCUAAGGAAGGAGCUACCAGUAAGACUGGCGAACAUAAUGAAAGAGAUAGCGCUACUACCUGAAAAUCUUCUUCGUAUGCCUUCCGUCGGCCUCGUGAACCAGUGGUACGAGCGCUCCUUCGCCGAAAUCAUCAGGUUCGAGAAGAUGGAUCCGGAGCAGAAAGUGCUUAGCGAAUUCUGCGAGCGACUAGUCCACAUCCGAAAUCGGCAUGCGGACGUAGUCCAGACCAUGGCCCAAGGAGUCUUAGAGCUGAAGGAAUCACAUGAAGUUGACUGCGGGGUGGAGCACUCCAUACAAUACUUCCUCGACCGCUUCUAUAUGAGCCGAAUCUCUAUCAGGAUGCUGAUCAACCAACAUACAAUCCUCUUUGGCGAACAACCAGUGGGCGCUAAGCAGGCAUCCGUGAAUGGCAUGGGAAACGGUGGUCGACACAUCGGGUGCAUCGACCCCGCGUGCGACGUGGCGGGCGUCGUGCGGGACGCGUACGAGAACGCGAGGUUCCUCUGCGACAGAUACUACCUGGCGUCGCCGGAGCUGGUGCUGCUGCAGUGCGGAGUCCCCAGCGAGCGCCCCAUGCCCGUGGUGUACGUUCCCUCCCAUCUCUACCACAUGCUCUUCGAGCUAUUCAAGAAUGCCAUGAGGGCCACCAUGGAGAGCCAUGAGAGCUGCCCGCCGCCUAUAACUGUCAAUAUUGUGCCGGGGAAAGAAGAUGUUUCUGUUAAGAUGUCUGACCUCGGCGGUGGCAUACCCCGCAGCGUAUCGGAUCUCCUGUUCAAGUACAUGUACAGUACAGCGCCACAGCCUUCGAAGUCGGACUCGCAUACCGUACCGCUGGCCGGUUACGGAUACGGGCUGCCUAUAUCGCGGCUGUACGCGCGGUAUUUUCACGGGGACCUGACGCUCAUGUCGUGUGAGGGAUACGGCACGGACGCCGUCAUCUAUCUGAAGGCGCUCUCUAACGAGGCUAACGAGCUCCUCCCGAUCUUCAACAAGACCUCGACGAAGUUCUACCGGCCCUCCGCGCAGCUUGCAGACUGGUCCGGCAGCCUGCAGACCGCCGGCACGGCUAAAGGCAGCCGCGAGAAAGUAUCCCCUCUGUCGCACAGUGUGGCGUAAUGUCGCGUACUAUAUCCCGGUUUUUGGUUAGUAAUUUUAUAACCUCAAAAGUUUUACUUUUUGUCCUUUAUUAAAUCUGAGUAACUAUGCACUGAAUUAUAUAUAGUCCUCCACAUCGAUUUCGAUGACGGCGACCUCAGCAAUCAAGGGUUUUUCCUCUUAUGAGCUCCUAUGUGGCUGGCCAGGCCAAAACUCUGUCACAUUCACGGCAGUAGAGUUGACCGGCUGUGUUGUACGUAUACAAGUAGGAGGGCUUAGGUCUUUCGUAGUCGUGUCGUUUGCAGAUGUAGUGCGGAAAUGUUCGUAUUUGUCAUGCUACUUCAGUCAAUGUCAGUACUUUUAAUACCGAGACUGCCUGAAAUAGCAAGACUCGUUCGUAAGUUUCCGUGAAAAUAGGAUGAAAAAUAAUUAUGCACUACAUCUGUACAUAUUAUUGUACCGCAAUAUUAGAUAUCAUAGGAACCCUAGCAUUUCGGAAGAUAAAAUUACUUUUGAGGUUAUAAAAAUUCUAAUCCUAAAAACAAGGGGUAUAUAGGGGUGAUGUAUUUAAAUACCGACCAUCGGAUCUUAUGUACUUGUGUGGAUUACGAUCGAUCUUCAACCUAGCACAUGGCGGCGCUCAAGAUUCCACUUUUCGAACCGCUCGCUACACUCGUGGUGCAAUUUUGGAAUCUUUUGCUUGCUCGGGUAUCAAUAUUAGCACGACGAAUUAAGUGCCUUCGCUGUCUUGCGUGGGUGCACGGAGCGGGUACCAUCGCAAGUUGACUCCGUUGCACGCGUCCGGGCCAUAGAAUCAGACCAAGCUGACUCUGCAGUGAUUUUGAUAGCGCAGACGGCAAGUGUUAUAUUAAACGUCAUAAUUUCAUAGAAGUUUGGCGUUUAAAAUAACACUGGCACAGUCUGUUCACCAGCUCCGGUUGCACGACAAGAACGCAAGACAGCGGAGAGGCACUAAACAACAAUUUGGCCCUUUGUAAAACAAAUAUCCAUUUUCGAGUACUGUAUAAGUAGAAUAAAACUUGUCCCUAUGGACAGAUAAAAGUCCUGUAUCAAAUAGGUUCAGGGCUUGGAGCCAGUAUUGAAAUACCAGUUAAUAUCGUUUCAAAACCGUUAUAUUAUUACGUCCAUUAAAAACCGGUUAAUUUUUGAACGCAAAUUAAUAAAUUUCGUUCUUUCUUCUUACCGGUAAGAAGAGUGAACGAAAUUUUAUUGUUCGCGUAGAAUUAUAUUAACACCGGUUAUUCUCGGUUCUCGGAGACACUCGGUUAAACUCGUCUUCAUACGUGAAAGAGAUAGCAUUAUUUACUCGUUCUAUCUUGCUUUCGAUAUUGUCAAUUUAACCGGUUAAUUUAGUUCCACGAAAACGAAAGAAGAACGAAUUUGGCAUAAACCGGUAUCUGAAUAGAACAGUUCUUUAACCGGCAACCGCAAACGGAAAAGAAAUCCUUUUCGUUCCCGGGUGAAUGAACGAAACCGGUUUGAAAAAAAAAACGGUUUCCGAGCUCUGAAUAGGUUAUUAGAAAAGAACCCAUUUAAGAUAAGGGUUCAUAGAAAAUUAGGCUUCAUAGCCCUUAUUUUUAAAUCCUCAUGAGUGACGUGGACCUAAUUGUUGUUUUAGACCGUUUUAGAUGAUCGAUCGCUAUUGUAUGUAAAAGAUUUUAUUUAUGUCGAAUUUCUGGGCCCGGAAGUUACUCUAUAUACUUUGUUAGGUUCACACAUAAAAUUAAAAUAGCAAUAAUAUGUUACAAAAUUGAUUUGUUGACACAAAUCCCGUUACAAUUUACAUUCAAACCUUUUUCAAUUAUUUUUGUUCAAGUCAAAAAAUAUACAUAAAAAAUCAUUAUUGAUGGUUUACAUAGAUGUACAUUUUGUAUAAAUGUUUAUGUAUUAAAUCACUAUGACGUACGUACGACCGUGUGUAAAGAUAAUUAUUUUUAAUCACGAUCACGUUGUAAAAUUUCGAAAAUACUCAAUUUUGUAUUGAAAUAAAGGGCCCAAGAGUUCGUUCGUUUUUUUUAAAUGUGAUAUUCGGUUAAGGAUGUGUAUUAUCUAGUAGAAUGGCCAAACAUGGACUGAGUGUUUAUAGUGUGAGGUGUUUCAUAGUGUUGUAGUGUCUUCUUAUGGACCAUACCCUAAGGCCCAGACAUGCAAAAUUUGCCACAGAAAUUUGAACCUAUAAAGUAGGAAAUAGAGUUGAUUAUGCGUUGUUCUAAAAUUGAAUGAAACAAAGCAAAAGCGACUCUGUUGUGUGAAUAUGAUUUAAAUUUCCUUGAACUGAAUAUGUAGUACAUGUACUAUUGGGAGCUUGGGGUCUUAGGAAGAUACUAGCGUCUUCAGCGUCGGCGUCUAUGGAAAAUGGCGUCUGUGCGCAGUUGCGCCAACGCUGCGUCGAGCAACUCGAGCAGCAGCCAUAGAGUUGACUAGACGCCGACGUUGGGAGACGCUAGUGUGGGCCCUAUGCGGUUACCACAUCAGUGUGGUGUCCGCCUUACAGGCUAUAUAGGGUGACAGGGUAUGGGGUUGGCAACUGUCAAAGGUUUGCCUAGAUGGCGCCAUCGUAGCUUGCCCCUUUUUCUAUGAGAUUUGGCUUAAAGAGCUGGCAUCCAGGGUAUUAAAAAAACAAAAAUUUGACACAAUUCUAGGGAUUGACGGGGCAAGCUAUGAUGGCGCCAUCUGCUAAAAACUUCCACCGGCCAACCCCAUUGGGAUACUAACUUCUAACUAGAUACAGCGUUGUCACUGACUAUAUAUUCUGACAUAGAUGUACCUUAUAAAAGGAAGAGACGUAGCUACGAUAGACGGUAGAGAUAAUGUAAUAUUAAAAAUCUAAAAAUAUCGUAUAAAAUUUAUCGAUCAACAUGAAAGAAAUUGUGAUAUUCGUCUAUUCUGAGAAGAUAAAUUAAUUUAUUCCUUAUUUAUUAUAAUUUUUAAAUUAUUAAUAUAUGUUCUGUAUCGCUAUUUAUUUAACCUUUUGAACGCCAAACGGAGCAUCCAUUUCCCGUGCCACUGACGCCACGAGGGUAAAAUUUAGUUUUGUGAAUAAAUAAUGCCAACCCAAAAGUGGGGUAUUUUUCAGUAGAUUUUCAUCAAAAAACGAUCGACGUCAAAUGCCGUCUUUAGCGUCGUUGUCACGAUAUUGCGUUGACGUCAAUUGCCGUCUGUGGCGUUCAAAAGGUUAAUUGCUAUAAUCCUUUAAAUAAUUGUCAUUGGUAUAAAUAUUUUUGUACUUUUCAAGCUCAACAAGUCAACACUAUGAAACACCUCAAUAGGUAGGAACCAAAUGUAUGAAAUUUACUCUAUUACAUAAUUAAUUUUAAGAAAAAUAUAUCAAUAAAUUGGUAGAUGAUUAGAUAAAUUCCAUGGUGACACUUUUAGAAAAGUUACGAAGCAUUUUGUACUUUAUUUACUUUAUGGCAAAGUAUAAAUGUUGAUUAUUUAUAGGUAUAUUGAUACCUUACCUUAUACAUUAAGUAGAUGCAUAAAUUUAAUUUCGAAAAA